CAUGGCUGCGCCCAUUUGUAGACGUAUUCCGAUUUAGUGUUCUUCCGUAUAUUAUAUACGCCGCGCGAGUGGGCGAGUGCUUUGCUUUUGGCGAAACAAUUUACAAUUGAUGUGAAUGUCCUGCAAUGACGAAAUUACACAAUACUGGAGGCACUAAACCAGCAGACAACACUAAGCCAGCAGAAAAUGCUAAGCUGGCAGACAGCACUAAGCAGCAUCCUCAGAAUGCAAGUUGGUGGUGCAUGGCUUUCAUCAGCAUAACAGCCAUCGGCUUUGCAACAAGGUUCUACAGACUUGAUGAGCCCAAGCACAUAUGCUGGGAUGAGACACACUUUGGCAAGUUUGCAAGCUGGUACAUCAAUCGAACAUUCUUCUUUGAUGUGCACCCUCCACUAGGGAAGAUGCUAAUUGCCCUGGCGGGAGUGGCAUCUGGCUACAAUGGGUCAUUCGCUUUUGAGACUCCAGGGAAUGAAUAUGGAGACACUCCAUACAUAGGCAUGCGAGCUAUAUGUUGUGUCUUUGGUUCAGCACUGGUGCCGCUCACCUUUCUCAUUGUGUGGGAGAAGACAUUGUCUUUGUCUGCUGCCAGUAUAGCGAGCCUCUUCAUCACAUUUGAUACAGCUAGUGUUACUAUUUCGAGGUACAUUUUGCUGGAUCCACUGCUCAUGUGUUUCAUCCUGCUACCAGUGUACUGUUGGGUGAAGUUUCUCUCCUAUGGGGAGAAGGCAUACACUGCCCCCUGGUGGUUUUGGCUGACAUCCACUGGGGCUAGUCUAGCGUGUUCUGUUGGAGUGAAGUUUGUUGGCUUAUUUGUGGUGAUAUUCAUCGGCAUAAGCACAGUGGCUGACUUAUGGGACAUACUCGGAGAUCUGAGGAAACCUUUGUCGAAUGUAGCGAGGCAUUUUUUAGCACGGGCACUCUGCUUGAUCUGUGUUCCUCUUGCAAUCUACAUAGCUUUCUUUGGCAUCCAUUUCCACAUUUUAAAAAAGAGUGGCCAGAAUACGGAGGGCUAUUUCAGCUCAGCCUUUCAGUCACAGUUGGAAGGAAACCCUCUGAACAAUGCCAGCAUGCCAGAAUAUGUCGCAUACGGUGCUAUACUGACGGUGAAGAACUACAGAGUAGGAGGCCUCUACCUUCACUCACACUGGUCUCUAUACCCUAAAGGAGUAGGCCUACCACAUGGCCAGAUCACAUCGUACUUCUUCAAGGAUGACAACAACAAAUGGGUGAUCAAGGAGGUAGAAGGCGAAACUCCUGAAGUGCAUAAUGUUUCAACACCCAUAAAACUUGUGAGAAGUGGAGACCUUGUACGUCUGGAGCAUUACGUCACACGAAGAAAUCUGCACAGUCACAGUGUGCCAGCCCCGAUCACAAUGAGGCAUUUUCAGGUCACUGGCUAUGGAGUGAAUGGUACCGGCGACGCUAACGACAUCUGGCGGGUGGAAGUGGAUGGACAGAAACAUGGAGUGCCUGUCAGAACGGUUGUUAGCAACCUGAGAUUCAUACACGUUAACUCCAAGUGUGCCUUACACUCACACAGCAAGCAGUACCCUAAAUGGGGGUUCGAACAGUUGGAAGUGACCUGCAACCCUGUGAUCAAAGAUAAGAACACGUUAUGGAAUGUAGAAGAUAAUUAUUUUCCAAGAUUACCAAAUGUCAGUGUGGAAGUAUAUGCACCUUCUUUUUUUGAGAAACUUGUGGAAAGCCAUGCUGUGAUGCACCAGGGCAAUGCUGGCUUGAAACCCAAAGAGCAUGAGGUUGUACAAUCACGACCUUGGAUGUGGCCUCUCAAUCUCAAGGGCCAACAUUUUUCAGGAAUGGAACCCAGAAUAUUCUUGCUAGGAAACCCAGUAAUCUGGUGGAUCAAUUGUAUGGUACUGCUCAUCUUCCCUGUGAUGUAUGCAGUGGCUAGGGUGAGGGAGGAGAGGAACGUUGAAGAGAGAAUUGAGAUAACAGAGCUAAAGCACCGGACAUUCAGUGCUGCAUGGUGGUUGUAUCUAGGCUGGGCACUCAACUAUCUACCAUUUUGGCCUAUGACACGAGUACUUUAUUUUCAUCACUACCUACCUGCGGCAAUGUUCAACUGCAUGCUAGCAGGUGUGGUUCUAGACUUUAUCUUACAAGUACUGCAGGCAUCAUUUGCCAAUCGCUUGAGUUCAAAGUCACCACAGGGGUCGUCUGCCAUUCAUCAUUUUGGCUUGGGUGUACUCCUUGCUGUUCUUGCAUACAGUUUUUACCUCUUCAUGCCGCUUUGCUACGGCAUGGAAGGGCCCAAAUCCAAUGACAAAUCGAGUAGGAUGCAUGGACUUAAGUGGCUGGAAUCUUGGGACAUAUAGUCGAUCUCACUGGCGUUCAACAGUGCCACAUUUUAUAAUUAGUUAGAAAUAUUGGCUUAUUUAUUUGUAGCUUAUAUAUAAAUAAUGGCUCAACCUGGAUGUACGAUGUACCUAGGGUACUCGAGUAGGUAAACUCAUGGAAUAUGCGAGCCACCAAUUACAAAGAACGAAGAAGCAUAUCCCACUUUGAAGUCAGGAUUCGAUCGGGUUUCAUUGCCAGGCUUUCAGAAAGUUUGAUGAUUGGAUCCAACAAUACAGCAUUGUUUUGUUUGCAUAAUAUAUAAGAUAUGCUGUAUGUUCUGCUGCUACUUACAACCUGGCCAGUACGUACACCUCGUGUUAGGUAAUACGUGGAUGACGUGAUAUCUCUCUAUCAUACAUGCCAUGCCGGAAGGAUUGUCUGUUUACGCCAUAUAUAUCAUGUGUCCUUUCUUUAUAAUAUCCUAUAAUGUAUUAAUUGAUUAUCUCACAAGUUAUUACUUUGCUACCCGUGCUGUCAAUAUUUAUAUGCCUGUCACCAGUCGGUUGUGCUUUUCGGUCGUGCGUUCCAUGUGCCACAAACUGUUACACGGUUAUUUUGCGUGUACAAAGUUCUAAACAUAAAUCAUAACGGUUGAUGUGGAUCAUUCCAUGGCGAAGGCAUAAUGGAUAAGCUUGUUAUUAGGUUUUAUAUGAAUGUUAUGUAAGCUUUAUAUAAAUAUAUAAUAUAUUUUUGGGUAUUUAUAAAAUAUCUUUUAUUCAUAUAUUUGUUUAGCAUGCUAUUAAUAACGUCAAGUGUCGAUUUUCACUUACGUGAGUAAGAUAAUAUACUCUGAUCAUACAUAUAUCCAGUAGAUAGCACCAUAGAUACAUACAUGUGUUUCAGGAGUUAAUGAGACAAAUAUAUUCGUUAUAUUCGUUGUGAGAGAAAAGAAAUAAAAUACUAUUCUAAAAUA